UAGAAUCGUUUACAGGAGGUUCGGUUUCGUUUCAGCUCAGUGAACGUUGCUCUAUUCUGCUGCGUGUUUCCGUGGAUUUCCUUGUCAGCGUGCCUGAGACGCGUUUUCUGAAAUCGCGGAUUAUAAUCGCGGUGUUUUUCCUUCUCGGAGGAGGAGACCUGCACAAACUUAUGUAGAGACGUUCAGGGCAUCAUGACCUCCUUUUUUUCCAUUUGCAUUGUGUGGACUGCCGCCUGCAUCGGCGUCCUCUAUGCAGAACUUCAGAUCGUUGUGUCUGCUCAAGAGAGGUCUACAGUUGUCCUGCCGUGUACACUGAGAGUGGUGAGUGAAACACCUUAUAUUCGGUGGAGCACCGAUAAGGAGGUGUUUGAGCGGAGUGGUAAAGAGUCGUUUCAGGGUGAUGGAUAUCAAGACCGCGUGGACGUUCCUGAGGUCCAGCUGCUUAAAGGGGACUGUUCCUUGGUGUUGCAUAAUCUGACACUUGCAGAUAAGGGUGUGUACAAGAGCUACCAGGCAGUGACACGCAUGAAAAGAUCUGCCCUUGUGCGUGAGAAAUGGGAGCUGAUCAACAGUGUUGAGCUGUCAGUGGAUGGAAAAAGAACAAAUCAGAGGAGGUUACCUGAAAUAUCACUUCCCACAGGUGAUGCAAGAAUGAACUGGCCUCACCCACUGGUCACGGUCUUGUCCCUCCUCUCUUGUUUUCUCUUCCGCUAGUCUAUGAAGAAAUGUGAGUGAGACACAGACUGUGUGUUGCAUUUCAACACCCACUAAUAAAAGCUACUAAGUUACGCCUAAACCAAUGCAAGCUAAAGCAUGUUCACAACACAAAGUCACUAGAAGUUCUUGAGGGGUCCAUGGGAACAGUGGAAAUUCAGUAAAAGCAGUUGCUUUGAUGUGAUCUUGAAAACUGCUUGACUGUCACUAACAUCUGUUAAAAAGGGAAUGGAUUUGUGUCUUUUUAAAAUAAAAUUGUGUCAGGUUUAACAUCAACAAAACCUAUUGGCCAGGUCUCUAAAUUGGCAACACUGGUACUGACCAAUCAAGGCCCAUGUUUAAUUCAUAUUACUACACAGAAAUCUGGUUAUGCUAGCAACUUUAAUGUUAAAACAUAAAAACAUUGAGCUUAAUGUAAAUAUAAAGCUCUCAGUACAGCCACCCUUACAAAAAAGACUGCUUGGGGUAGAACCUCCCAGGACCUACUUCUGGAGCCGGUCGUGGGGGUCAUGACCGCAGGUGAGCAUCUGGUGACUGGGCCACCCACUUGACACAGUGAGGCUCAGCCUGAAAUGGUGAGUAAAAACACCUUGUGGGUUCACCAAAUGCAAAUGAAAUGAUAGUAGUCAGAUGGAACACCAAAUUAUAAACUACUAAACCAUAAAUUAUUAGUAUACUAAUGUAUUUUUAUGUAGACAGAUGUAGAUGUUUGGUGUGUUUCAUAGACUACAUUGUGUGCAAUGAUUUGUGGAGAAUUUCUCGAAUCCAAAUUGGGUUAAAUCUCACAUAGCAAAAACCUACAAAAGCCUAAACUCCUCUGUCAUGAAAAUGUCAGGAAACUCACAACAUGGAAAUGUAGUUAAAAUGUUAAAAGUGAAAAGCCUAAUUGUAGAACCUAUUUGUACAUGAAGUAUAACACAAUAUCUAAAUUGUGAAAAAAGAUCAGAUUAUUAGAUUGUGAUAUUCAUUCCUGGCAAAAGUAUAAAAUCCUGCAAAGCUUUUGACAUUUCCAGUUGGUUCCGCUUUGCAUAACUCCUAAAUAGCUUUCUGCACUUAGAAUCUGGAGAAGGGCAUGGUUAUUGGUGCCUGAUUGGCAGGGUUAAGGAUUUCAGAAACUGCUGAUAUCCAGCAGUGAUAUUCACACACAACAGUUUCUAGAGUUGUAGAGAAUGGUAAAAAUAAAAAGCUUUGUUUGAGCAACAGUUUUCUGAGCAGAAACUGCUUGUGGAUAAAAGAGAUCAGAGGAAAAUGGCCAGAUUAGUUCAAGCUAGCAGGAAGAUAUAGUAACUCAAAAAGUCACUGUUAAUGCUCAGAAAAGCAUCUCAGCAUGCACAAAACAUCAGGCCAUGAGGUGGACGGACAGUUUCUUGGACAGAAGAUUAGGAAAAAGUCACAUGGUCUUUUUGUUCUUGACUGACAAGUGAGGAACCUGACAUUCUGCUGUUGUAGCUCAUUCAUCUCAAGGUUCACUGUGUUGUGGGAUCUUGGAUGCUCACUACAGCUAUAAAAAGUGCUUAUUUAAGUUACUAGAGAUUUUCUGUCAGCUCAGAUCGGUCUGCUUAUUCUCAGAUCUCUCUCUUCAACAAGGUGUUUCAGCCUGCAGACCCUCUGCUUGUGUUUGUACCAUUCUUUGUAAAUUCAGAAAGUGUAGUUUCUGAUCUAUUCAAACCAGCCCAUCUGGUACUGACAUUCAUGCUAAAGUACAGGUGUUCCUAUUAAAAUGACUAGUGUGUGUAUAAUUCAUAAAUCUUUGCAAAUCUUUCUCUAGAUAUAUAUCGUAGAAGCAGAAGCUCAAGUGUAUAUUAGAAAUGUAUCCGCCAGAAUGCUGUCCUCAGGUAGAAUGUAUGUUGUGUGACAGGCUGACAAGUUGAUUUGUAGAGUGAUGUGUUUGUACAGAGUGUAUUCCAUAUAUUCAUUUGUAUUAUAACAAAAAUAAUCUUAUGGUUAUAAUGUUAUUGUUCAGUUUUAAAUUGCCCUGGAUUUUACUGUGAUGUAAUUAAUGACAAUAAAAUUGUCAAUAAAAUAAAAAUAAAACAAUGUCCAUUGUUAAAAAAAAAUUGAAUUUAAAAAAUAAAAGCACUUUGCUGGAAACUUGAUAAGGAAUAAUGUGCAUGUGCCCGGGACUGUUAUUAAUUACUAGGAAUUAAAGUUUUGUUUGAAGUUUU